AUGACAGACGCGGAGCAUCCCUUUCAGCGUGAAGUCGUCCAAAUUUUCCAAUCAGGCUGGUCCGAAAGCAAUAGAAAGCGCAGUAUACAGACAGCAGCAGAACAUCUAUCCCUGAAAACGGCGGAGUCCGGAUCCAGGUCCGGGAUUUACAUCUGGAGCAGCAUCCAAGCGAUACAGCAAUGUGCAAGCAAAAACCCUGUCGCGAUAGAUUUCAUGCUGUUCGUCUUCCAGGCCGCAGCGAAGCAAUUUCCACAGUCCGUAGGCAACGAGUACGGCUCAGGUAGCAAAGCUGGUUUUACGCAACUAAAGUACUGGAUCAUCGAACAAGCCAGCGGGUUCCAAGGGGUGCAUUUCCCUUCCACUGUUGGCAAACCAGAUACGCAAGACCCUUCGAACCUGCGUUUCAGUAAAGCUGAGGUCCAAGAGCAACUUAAUGCGGUGCUUGAACGACUGGAAGAUUGGAGGGAGGAGAGGAGAACAUGGAUCAUUAAUGCUGCCAUACGAGCCCGCUGCAUGUCGCUCAAUAUCUUGGAGCACGAUACCGAAGGUACAGAAGCCGAAGCUCUUAUCGACAGUGCUUUAGGGAGUAAGCAGCUAAGCGAGUCGGAGUAUAUCGGCAUUUGCAUACUGCUUCGCGGAUGUGCAGAAACAUUCUCCACGCGUCUUGGGAAGCAGGGAAAGGGACAGAAGUUUGGGGAAUGGGCACGGGACUUCGCACUUGCCAUAACUGUGCCAUGUAGUUUCUCGGCGAAAGCUCACACAGAGUUAGUUCUUCGCAAUAUAAAAGACGGUCCACACGAUGAGUCGAGCCAGGAGCUUUUUGGUCCUGAUAAGUGGCUUGGAUUGUAG